CACGAGUAAGACAUGUGGGACAAUAAAGGACAAACUGUCUCUGGCCACCUUCCAUUGUACUGCGUGCUACUUGUCUGUCGACUGUGACAACAACGGUGAGCGUAACAUGCUCAUCAAGUGUCUUGUCGCAUCUCAAUAGACAAACACACAAGGAGUGCGUUCAUGCUCUUUUAAAGAAAUCAUUAUCUUUCUGCUGUCUCGUGGACUUUCUAAGAGGAACGAAAUGGCACAUUUUCAUGAAUGGUGAUGCACGCGAUGUUGAAGAGCCUUCAACGGCGCAAGGAGAACACGAGCAACUACAAAGCUCUUGUAUAUGAAGUUCUUGAAGAACAAUAUGACAUUGUGUCAGUCUCAAGGUAUAGUUUUCCAAAUCUGAAGAAAUUGCACUACGAUGAUAAUGAAUUCUAUUCAUUCAUAUACAGAAAGCUCCUGAUAAGGUCAAGCGAAUCGCUGGUUGCGUUCAUGUGUCUAAUUCUCGGCUCGAACGCUCAACAUUAUUCGACGCAUUUGAGGUUUCUCAACUGCUGGGAAGCAUACCUGUCGAUGUCGUUGGUAUUACACCACUACCACUUAGUCAGAUCAUAUCUGAUACUCUUACAUGUUGUUGAUGUCCCUGAGAGUGAACUGGCAUUGCAAAAUCAUCUCAAUAUUCAUGACGAUGGAUAUGCUAAAUUACAAUUGAAGAUAAACAUAUGGACGAAAGUUACCAUGGAGAGACAAAUCGUAUCCAGUGAGAAAAGGUUGUCAAAUGAUAACGAUUGGUUUUGGUAUGAGAUGACAUUUGAAGAGUUCAUUGAAAAGCUGUACAGCAUGUUUACAGCUUCAAACAAUGAUACAGUACCACCGGAUAGGGCUAAACAAGUGAUACCACCGGUAUUCAGCAUGAUGGAGUGGAUACAAGUCAAGGCACAGAACCUUUUGGAUGCCUAUGAUGGCGAAGUGACCUUAAAGCGUGUUAGAGAUCUCGAAGCAUUGAUGGAAUCCAUUGGAAUGAUGAGCUUCAGACAAAUGGCCAAACACCUCUCUUUGAAUCAGCUCAAUGAAAGGUUAUUUAACUACAUUGGUAUCAAAUUAACGUGCUAACAACGGGAAUUGAUUUCUAAUGAGGACCACAGCCUUGUUCAAGUUCAACAGAUGUGUAACCAGUUGAGUGGGAGGCAACUUGAUGUUGUUGCCAACUUGAGCAACUAUUUGAUCAAAUGGCGACACCUGAUGAUUCGGUGUACUUCGAAGUUUGUCAACGAGUCACUGCUGACGAGCACCUACACCGACUUUGAGAACCAGAUGUU